CUUAGGAUAUUUUUGGCAUCGAAUGGGCCGGAAGAACGGAGGUGGGCGCUCAACUCUUCUAUUGACAUUUUGGCUUUUUGCAAUGUCUUACAGACGUUCGAGUGCCGAAGACGAUAUAUCGGAAUUAAAUUACGAGAAGAUCUUUGAUAAGAUAUCCUGCGAAAAUGGACGUUAUAACUGCAAAACCAGGCCUUUCAUAGGAAAAGACAUACCCGUAAAAGUUAACACCAGUAUAUUUCUGUACAGCAUGACGUCCGUCAACGAACUGCACACAGAAUAUACUAUCCAGAUGUUGUAUCGUCAAAGAUGGCAAGAUCCUAGAUUAGAUUUCAGUAACAUCUCCGACAUUCGACGAAUCGUCGGAGAUCACUGGCAUGCCAAACGGAUUUGGAUACCAUCGGUCCACGUAGUUAACAAUAAAGAAAUUGGAUCUCUUUCUAGGAUAACCGAAGGAGCCGUUUUGGUGCAUAUUUAUAGAAAUGGUACAGUAGUCAUGAGCAAUAGGGUUCACAUGAGACCUUUAUGCAAAAUGGAAUUUUACAGAUAUCCGUUAGAUAAACAAGUCUGUACUCUAGAAAUUGAAAGUAGUACACUUUCUCCUUAUCAUCUCACAUUGCAUUGGGAAGCUGUGGAUCCUAUUCUCUUAAGCAAUCAUUUUUAUGUGACGGGCUAUGAUCUAACCAAUUAUUCUACGACAGCGACUCAAGUCAAAUAUCGGCAUACAGGUAAUUUUAGUAAGAUAAUAGUGGAGUUUCAACUGCAAAGGGAGUUCGGACACUUUUUGUUGGAUAUUUAUAUCCCAGGAAUGUUGUUCGUGGUGACCAGUUGGACUUCUUUUUGGGUGGAGAUUCCCGCUGCACCUGCUAGAGUCACUCUGGGCAUCACCACCAUGUUGACGCUCAUCACCAGUGAAAAGUCGGUGAGGGAGAAGUUACCGAAAAUGUCUUACGUACACGCGCUAGAUAUAUGGAACGUCGUCUGCACCGCGUUUAUAUUUGCCUCUCUGGUAGAAUAUGCCAUGGUUAAUUAUAUCUAUCACAAAGAUAAACGAAGGAAACAAGGAGGAAUGAAAAGAGUGGAUAGCUCUGCGACAUUCGCAUCGAUGGACACGGAUACAACUUCUGUAUUUAGUAUCUUUAAGAAUGUGUUCAAGAGCGAACAAAAAGAAAGUUCCCCAGGAUUGCCAACCAGUAUCUCUCUGCACGACUUCCAAUCGUUGACUAAUCAACCUUCCCCAGAGAUCGGGUGCGGUCCUUGGCCCUUGCCCAAACUCAGACCUCAAGACAUAGCCAACGGCAUCGACAGAAAAUGUAGAAUUAUUUUUCCAGUUGGUUUCCUCAUGUUCAACAUUGUCUACUGGACCGUCUUGUGGGUUUGAAUGUGAAAAAUCUUUUACCUAUCGAAAUUCACAAAUGUAUUUGUCAAAUCUGCAAUUAAAUUAUUGAGU